AUGGAACCAGACGCCCAACGGAGGAAAAUCGAAGAAACUGUGCUCGAAAUCCUGAAAAAUGCAGAUUUGGAGACAACCACCGAGUACAAUGUCCGAACCACCGCCGCCCGGAGGCUCUGCGUUGACCUCUCCGACCUCGACCACAAGUUGCUUGUCCGACGCGUCGUGGAGUCUUUUUUGUUAUCGACAACUUCAACAUCGGAGGACGGCGACAAAGUCCGAGAAGAGACCAACGAGGUCGUGGUACAAGAAGAACAACAGCCGCAGGAGGAGCAGACCAGAUCAACUAGUGUUGGUGAUUCCAAAGAGGGCUUAAACAACAAUGCCCGUGUUAUUUGCAAGCUCAAGAAAGUUGGUUCUCUUGGUUAUCUUGUUGGGACUCAUCAAUGUUAUUCAUGA